AUGGACAGAAAUGUUUUACGCCGAUCAUCUGCUUACAAUACGUCAAAAUCAGUCAAUGAUGAGGGAAACAGUGAAUUUUCAAAUGAAAUCUUCGAAAGUGUUUUGAGAAAACCGAUAAAUUCAUCUGAUAAACGUUACAUAAGAAAUUCAGCUCUGCGUAACACAAAUGGAGUUUUUUCUAAAAGUGCAAAUUUUCAGAUAUCCAAAUGUAACGAUGAUUGUUUGGAUGAGAUUCUUAUCCUCAGAAAAAAAGUAGCCUUACUCAGUAAACAAAAUAAAGAUUUAAACGCACAAUGCCAUAUUUUAAAAGAAAAUCUGACUAAAAAAGAGAAUGAACUUACAAUGCUGGUCAAUCCGAUUGAAAGCUCAAAAAUAAACCAGAAUGCAGGCUGCUACAAACAAAAAUCAAUUAAAAAUAUUCGUUUGCUUCAUCAAAAGUUUUUCAAACUGCAAACCCAACUUCAAGAUAAAGAUUCUCAGUACAACCGCUUAAUAACAGAUAUGAAAUUUACUCGGGUUGAAGAGUUGCGAGUACAGUUGGAGACUGCAUUUGCAGAAAUUAAGCGACUAAGAGAACAAAAUCAUAUAUUAUCCGAUCAGUGUUCAGAGAAAAAAAGACAAUCGACUAUUAAGCCAAAAAGAAGUUUUUCCAGUGAAAACAAUCAAUCUAAUUUUCAAAUUAGAACAUUAGGCAGAGUGAUUAAAGAUUUAGAUCAGCAGAAACAGGAGUUGAUAGCAAAGAACCAUUGUUUAGUAAGCAAAAUUCAAAAGCUUUACAGACAUUUGUCAUCGAACGAUGUAAAAGAGGAUAUCACUCCUUAUCGUGCUUGUCAGGAUGAUGAGUGUAAUGUGCAGACUGGACAGUUUAAAACGUCUUCAGAGGAUCUUUUGGUGGCCACGAUUGUUGGAAGUACUGUAUCCCACAAUGUUACUAAUCAAGCUCCAAAAGUAUCAAAAAUUGUUCAAAGAGAUGAGAACAUGAUAAGUGAAUUAGAGUCGGCUAAGGCACAAAUUGCUAAUUUACAACAUUUAAACAAAACAUUAUCAGAAUCAUGUGAAAAAAUGAAGAAAGAUUAUGAAAUAAUGGAAAAGAAAAUAAUAGAACAGGAGGCUGAAAUUCAAAAAUAUCAAAGAAAAACCGUGCGGGUAAACGAGUGUCAAACAGAAAUGUAUGAUUAUUUCCGGUUUUUGAAAUGA